AUGGCUGCGAACGAUACUACUUCGCGUUCUUCUACUGAUCAGUACGAUAAUCCCUAUUUCCUUCAUAGCUCGGAUCAUGCGAGUAUGGUUUUAGUAUAUGAUAGAUUGAGUACUGGUUCUGAGUUUCAUUCAUGGCGUAGAUAUGUGCGUAUGGCACUUAAUGUGCGUAACAAAUUGGGUUUUAUUGAUAGCACAAUCCCAAAACCUCCUGAAGGUCACCGUGAUUUCGGUUCUUGGUCGCGUUGUAACGACAUGGUGUCAACUUGGUUGAUGAACUCUGUAUCCAAGAAGAUUGGUCAUAGUAUCUUGUUCAUUCCCACUGCAGAAGGUGUAUGGAAGAACAUUAUUUCACGCUUUAAGCAAGACGAUGCUCCUCGCAUCUUUGAGAUUGAGCAACGGUUGAGUAUCAUUCAACAGGGGUCCAUGGAUAUCAGUGCUUACUACACUGAGCUUGUUACUCUCUGGGAGGAGUAUUGCAACUAUAUUGAGCUUCCUGUCUGUACUUGUGGGAGAUACGAAUGUAAUGCAUCUGAGUUAUGGGAGAAGUUACAGCAGAGAAGCCGUGUUACGAAGUUUUUGAUGGGUCUGAAUGAGUCUUAUGCUCCUUCUCGUCGUCAUAUCCUAAUGAUGAAACCGAUUCCAUCUCUUGAAGAAGUGUUUCACAUGGCUUCUCAUGCUGGUACCUCUACAGAGGAAGUCUCUUAUAACCCCUAUGGUGGUCAGUAUGACAAUGGUGCUUAUGCUGCGGUUCAGAAUAAUUUUCGACCAAGGUCUUCGAGACCAUUAUGUACUCAUUGUGGCAUGACAGGUCAUGUUGUCCAGAAGUGUUUUAAACUUCAUGGUUAUCCUCCAGGCUAUAUUCCUGGCUAUAAGAGUACUUAUCAGUCGUCACAGCGACCACAAGGAUUUCCUACUCAGUCAUUUCAACCAAGAGGACAGUUUCCUCCUAAACAACAAUCUCAUGCUAUUGCCAAUGUUACUGUUGGAUCUUCGUCUCCUAUGGAGAGUAUGCCAUAUUUGCCUCCACCUGUCUCGAGUAUUGUUAAUCUUGAUGUCAGUCAGAUCACUCCGGAACAGGCUCAAUCCUUGAUUCAACAACUCUCUGUUCGUACUAAGGCUUCAGAGACUCUGGCCCCUUCCUCAUUUGCUGCGUCUAUUACUGCACAUGGUAUUAUGGCACCAAAAUCGUCUUCGGGUACACUUGUUUUUCCUGAUAUUUUUUCUUCUACUUCUCUUCGCUUUGAACAUAAUUCUCUCACUUUUCAACAUCAAUGUUUAUCUUCUCUUUCUACUAAACUUCCUCAUGGUAGUUGGAUAAUAGACACUGGAGCUACUAGUCAUGUUUGUUCUGAUCUUGCCAUGUUCAAUGAGGUUCUGGAUGUUUCAUGA